AUGACUCCAUCAUCAAUACCCAUCAGCCUGCCUGCUCCAUCAUCGUUUGCUACCACUUCCUGUUUAUCUGCUCGAGGUCUAUCAUCUCUCCCUAGAUCCACUGGGCAUGGCGGGCAAUUCCACGGCCUUCCUUUUGAUAUGGGUCCUCCACCACCACGGCAGACCAAGACACUGGCAUCAAUGCGUGAACGCCUUCGGGCAAAACGAUUGAUGAAAGAGGCCGAACGUCAACGCCUCGGCCUGACUCAACUCGGUAUCGGCAGCGGAUGUCUUGGCGUCGGAAGUGGUUCCUCGUUACCUGGAAGCCAGACGCCGAUGCCUGCCAGUGGUGACUGCCCUGGUUACUUUAUGCACACCAACCAAACAGCCUCAGUUUCCACGGCUUCGUCUCCUGGAUCAGCAUCCAUUUUCCCCACAGCUAAUGGUGCCAGUAACAGUGGUGUUGGUGGUGGCAGCGUCCUCUCUUCGGGUCAAAUUUUCACACAGACUUUGUUCACAAGUACCUCGGGUGCUGGACUUCAGAUAGAAUCUGGUGGCUACUGUCCACUUUCAGAUUCCCAUGAAGCUAGUGGGUCCUCAACGCCUCGACAUCAGCAAGCCUCACCUGCCCCAGGUUCUUUUCAUCCAGGAUUGCCUACUCCGUCCCUGAUCUCUCCCUUGCCAGGCCGAGCA